CCCGAGCCGGCGCGCUCCCGCCCCUCCACAUGCCCACACCCGCGGCGGGAGGAGGAGCGGCAUCCUCCUCGGCGCCUUCGUCUCGCCGAUUUCGUUUCCCUCUGCACCCCGUCCUCGCCCCUUUUUUUUCUAUUUUCUUUUUUUUCCUCCCCUCAAUUCUCUUUUAAAUUCUAUUUCCUCGCUGUCCCUGCCGCUGUUUGCCGGGGCGCUGCGGCCGGAUCGCACCUCGGGGCUCCUGGGGAAGGAAGGUUGCUGACACUGUGGCUGCCCUUUACACAAGAGAUACCAACCAAACACUAAUAUUUGGAGAAACACUUGGAUAAGUACAGUUCCUCACCCAGGAUGCCUUUCAAAGCUGGAUUAGAACUGACUGAAUUGCAGAAUAUGACUGUUCCUGAAGAUGAUAACAUCAGCAAUGAUUCAAAUGAUUUCACAGAGGUGGAAAAUGGCCAGAUAAAUAGUAAGUUUAUUUCGGAUCGAGAAAGCAGAAGAAGUCUCACAAACAGCCACCUGGAGAAGAAGAAAUGUGAUGAAUAUAUCCCAGGAACUACGUCACUGGGGAUGUCCGUCUUCAACCUCAGCAAUGCAAUUAUGGGCAGUGGGAUUUUAGGUCUCGCUUUUGCUUUGGCCAACACAGGGAUUCUCCUUUUCCUGCUGCUUUUGGUUUCAGUGACACUGCUGUCUAUUUAUUCAAUAUAUCUCCUGCUGGUGUGUUCAAAGGAAACAGGGUGCAUGGUGUAUGAAAAGCUGGGUGAGCAGGUCUUUGGUGCCCCAGGGAAAAUGAUUGUCUUUGGAUCUACAUCUCUCCAGAAUGUUGGAGCAAUGUUGAGCUAUCUCUUCAUAGUCAAAAAUGAAUUGCCCUCUGCCAUAAAGUUUCUAAUGGGAAAAGAAGAAACAUUUUCGGCAUGGUACGUGGAUGGGCGGGUCCUUGUUGUCACAGUGACGUUUGGUAUAAUCCUCCCUUUAUGUCUCCUUAAGAACUUAGGGUAUCUUGGCUAUACCAGUGGAUUUUCAUUAAGCUGCAUGGUAUUUUUCCUGAUAGUGGUUAUUUACAAGAAGUUUCAAAUUCCCUGCGGCGGGCUGGAGCUAAAUACAACCUCAUCUAUCCUAUCAAAUAGCUCAGCACAUGAACAUAUGUGUAAGCCAAAGUAUGUUAUCUUUAAUUCCAAGACCGUGUACGCUUUGCCUACCAUUGCUUUUGCAUUUGUGUGCCACCCGUCGGUUCUCCCGAUUUACAGCGAACUUAAAGACCGUUCACAGAAAAAAAUGCAGUUGGUUUCAAAUAUCUCAUUUUUUGCCAUGUUUGUGAUGUACUUUAUGACUGCCAUAUUUGGCUAUUUGACUUUCUACGACGAUGUGCAGUCAGAUCUGCUUCACAAGUACCAGAGCAAAGAUGACAUCCUCAUCCUGACCGUGCGCUUGGCUGUGAUCGUUGCGGUGAUACUCACAGUGCCGGUGCUGUUUUUCACUGUGCGUUCAUCAUUAUUUGAACUGGCUAGGAAAACUAAAUUUGACUUAUGCCGUCAUGUUUUGGUUACUCUUGUACUUUUGGUUAUCAUCAACCUGUUAGUCAUUUUUAUCCCAACCAUGAAGGAUAUUUUCGGAGUUGUAGGAGUCACUUCUGCCAAUAUGCUGAUUUUCAUUCUUCCUUCAUCGUUGUAUUUAAAAAUUACACAGCAGGAUGGAUCAAAGUUGACUCAGAGGAUUUGGGCUUCUCUUUUCUUGGCGCUAGGGAUAAUGUUUUCCCUAGUGAGCAUUCCCUUGGUCAUCUAUGACUGGGUACAAUCAGGAGGCAGUGCCGAAGGCCACUGAAGUUCACCUCCUCCUGAAAAGAAGAUGCCCUUGUUUGCUACACACCAAAAUCGCAACCAUCCAUUCUGUUAUCUGUUCCACCUUUUGUGAGUUUACUCAAAUCAAAUGCAAAUAAUGAUUAUCCAGUACUGAAAAUAGUUUAGGGUGUAUUUUCUUGCAGAAAACACAACCAAUUUUUCAAUAGGCAUAUCACUCUGUGACCUGAUACUGAGUUACCAAUCAGCUUAAAGUCUGUGAGACCACCUAGAGCAUUGCUCGUAGGAAUUCCAUCAAAAUUUGUUUCCCCUCUUCCACCCGUGAAUUGCAUUGUUCUAUUUUUAUCCUUAGCCCUUCGACCAUAAACUCUCCUCCUCUAGGGCAGCAGUGCCUGUUGUUAUCAAUCCCAACUGGAGUGAUGUCAGUUCACACCCUUCCCACUGCCUUUUAACCAAAACUGUUCUCCAAUCGUAUGCAUCCGGUUUGUUGGUUUGUUCUGUUGCGGUUCUGUGCACCAUUUGUCUCACUGUUAAAGUGUAGCAUCUUGGUUAUGGGCACAAAAGUCACCAUGAGAGCAUAAAUUAGUAUUGUAUAAGCAUAGGUCCUAAAUCUGUUGUCUCACUGAUGUUUUGGUGGGGGAGCCAGCACCAGGGCUUGGCGCUUCUGUGGCUUAGGGGAACAGACCUGUGUGCCCGCAUGUCUUUGUGAUGGGGUGCAGGGAGCAGGAGAAAGACAACUGCUACUGCCAGCCAUCACUCCCCUGGCACACUUCAAUUGGCGCCCGACUAGAACUAGGCUUGACCCGAGUCAUGAGGACUCAAGCCUGAAGAGGAGCAGACGCUCAGAUAUUUCUGUAGAAAGUCUGCUUUUUUUUUCAGCAUUAAACUGUUUACUAAUGCCCCACUUCUCUCAUAAAAAAAAAUACUGAGCUCCAGUUUUAUCAAAACAUACACAUUUAAUCAUACCUCAUGCCUUUUCCAUUCUGGGAUUCAUUUGUACGUACCUUGUAGAGACUUGUUCCUCUCCUGUGUCUUAUCCUCCUCUAGCUGAAGUCAGCAGGGGUUUGACAGCAGCCGGAGCAGGAUUUGACUCACCCUGCCAAACUGCUGGAUUUCUAAUGGAAAUUGAAACCUGUAACAUUUCUUUAAACAAACAGGAACACUUUUUAUACUUAAAAUGGUUCAUUUUCAUUUCUUAUUGAUUCUCCAUGACAACUGAAGAAAAGACAUUCAAUUAUGACUGGCAAAAACACUGUAAUUGCAUCUGUUGUCAACAGAAUAAGCAUUUGCCUAAUGCCUUAUAGCUGGUGUAGAGAACUACUUGUAGAGACUCAAAUGCUGAGCAGGUGAUCGUUAACCAUCCUGAGUAGACAUCUUCUAUUAGUGCACUGCCAGCAGCAUGAAUUUGUUCACUUUGUGUCAUUCACCAUGUGAGCUAAAGGGUGUCUCAAAAUAUGAACCCAGCUCCCGCUGAAAGAACUGAUGGCAAAAGGGAGGCCUGCUUCAUGCCCGCGGCCUAAAUGAUGUCCUCAGUGUGCUCGAGCCAUACCUGUCAGUAUGUGGUGACCCUCUAGUUCCCAGUAGCUGGUUCAUUGCUGACUCCCAUUGUAGCCAUGGAAGGAGACUGUCUUCAGCUAUGGGGAACCUGUCAUUGCAGCUUGCUCUUUUUAAGGUUAGGGAUGGAGAAUUUGGGAUCUUCGGAUUCCUGUAAGCUAUUGAUUUGCCUCAGUUGCUAUUGCCUUGUCCUACAAGGCUAGAAGUCACUGAGCUGACAUCACAGAACAUUUCUUAGAACCUUGAAAGCUGGUUUCUGAGGGUGACAUCCAGAGGGGUUAGUUUGGGGCCUUCCUUGGAAUUUGUGCAUCAACGUGCAGAGCGUUCAUGCUGCAGAAACUAAACCUACUAAACCCAGACUUCUAGAUCUGUCCGUCCGCCUAGGCAGUGAGGUACUCGGCUCUGCUGAUACUCCACUGUGAUCCAGAAAUAAGGCAGAGUAGACUCUGUAGGCUGCCAAAGUCCUUGAAGUAGCCCAGCAGCAAGAACAAAACUGGAAGUCUCCUCCCUCCAGACGAAGUGACCUGCUAGACUGCAGAAUGAUAUUCCCUUAGUCUGUCCCCUUCCUGCCCCAUCAGACUUUCACUCCUUGCAGCACAGACUCCCAGCAAGAUGUCCAGUGUGGCAUCCUUCCCAAGCACCCCUGAGCCCAGCAUUUAACACAGGAACUGCUGAGCGACCUGGGACCUAUGGGAUGAGACAGCUGGUGCUUUCUGGCAGCUGGUGUCAGACCCUUGGCUGUGAUCGUGCAAGCCACUAGUUUCCUCUGCAACAUCUCUGUGUGGGACUGAUACCUGCGCUGAUUCACAGAGAAGUCCAUCCCGUAACUUACGAGCCCAGGUGUUAGUCAAGCUUUGGAGAGAAGAACACAUACUCUGUUCCUAUCUCCUCACAGCUCAUUCCAGGCAUCUUCCCAGCUUGGAGUGUUAGUUUGUGGCGCCUCUUUCACAGGCAUCAAACUCUCCCUGGUCACUGCAGCAAGAGUCCGGCAUCUCACUUUGUUUUCUGGCUCAGCUUGGUGGGGUCACAUUUCAGGUGUCAAGGUGCCUUAUAGUCACUCUGGAUCUCAUCCCAAAAAGCCUAACUUAGAUGUGAGAAUGCUGUACUGUGUUAUCCUCAAAAUGCUCCAAGGCUUUCCUGCUUUCCUCUCCCCUUUAUCCUUCUUCUACUGAUUAAUGAGCAGAGCAUCUCUGUGCAUUGAGGGGUUUUGAAAGACCCUGUGAGCAACUUUUAAACACCCAGGUAGGAGCUAGAAAUCUGAUGUGCUGCACAGGGUCCCAGUGAGGUCACAAUUUUAACAUCUCCCUUCUAGGCCCUCAAUAGUCUGUACUUUCGUGUUUAAAAUGCCAGCCAGUGAGUUUUGGCAUCCAGCUUCCUUCGACUUGAAGGACUGAUGGGUGACUGCUCCUUGCAUCUUCCUACAUCUCCUCCAUCACCAUCCCUCUCUCUCAUCUUUGCUAUUCUGCCUUCUUUUCCCCAGUUUAUUUUUAUACUGGAGUUUUACUGGAUAAACAGGGAGAAGAAUGAGCUGGGUGUGUGCAUAGAGUGGAAUUACCUGAGGUACUGGACCAUCAAACAUAUCUUAGAUAAUGAAAAAUAGAUACUGAAAAAUAGAUACCCAAUAUAUUGAGUCUUUAAACAGACUUUGUUUCUGGGUCUCUGGAAAAAAAAUAGAAAGAGGGAAUUUUGCUUAGACUGAUUUACUGGCAUCAUAUUUAUAGAUAUUUAUGGAAAGAAAUCAUGUGUUUAUUGAUGUCUGUGGUAAUGAACGUGAAAUAACGUGCUUUUUGUUUUCUCAUCAGGUUUAUACAUUCUUAACAGAAUGCAAUAGACCCUGCUGUAACUGUCAACAUCAGUGAUGGAUGACAAUAUUUGUAUGAGGUUAUCUGUAAAAUGUACUGCUGUUAUUCAGUUCAUUUGAAAUAGUGAACUUGUAGCCAACGAUGUACAAGUCCCACAUUUUAGCUAGGAUUUUAAGAGCACAGUGAAAUGCUGUAGGAGUUUCUCUGUUGUUAAAUUAAUAGGAUCCAGAGUACCGUAUCUACUUAGUAGGUGGUAGCAUGCUUUCUUUUUAUAGAGAGUUUAUCGCUGUUGUGAGCACUGCAAAUGUCAUAGACUGGAUGCAAAACUGCUUCUAAUAACUACAACAAAAUAUUUUAAUGUUCUCAUUCAUAAUAGCAACAACUGAAUGGCGAGGGACAAGGAAGGACUAAGCAAAAGCAGUGGCUCCUAGGGAGAUUUUAGGAGUUAAUCCCACGCUUAAAGGAUGGCAUUGCUGCCUCUUGUAGUCCACAGCACAUUGCAAGGAAAAUAGUCAUGAGCUUAAAGCACCCUUACGGUUGCAGAAUACAGCUGCCCUUCUCUGUCCAAUGGCAAACAUGCCUCAUAAGUAAAACACAGUAUGUUGUUUGGGAACAAUAUCUUGGGAGCAGUGACCUCUCUGUGUGAUGCUUGCUCCUGGUCAGAGGGCCAAUGACAAAUCCAUGCACCAGCACAGACCUUCUGUGGGGCUGACACGGACCAAGUGGUGCCCAGCCUAUGUGCAGGCCCAGGGCAGAACAGCUGGUCUCAGCCUGUGAGGUAAAGGAUGGGGCUGUCCAUCUGCUCCUGAAGGCUGCUUUCCUGAGCCACACACCGACCCAUAGCUUGUGCUCCACUUCCAGUAGGUCAUACAUGCAAAUGCAGGUUGGGUGAUGUAUGGGUUGUGUCUGUACAUCUGCCUUACAAUGCAUUAGCACCACUGCUCUCUCUGAUAUUAUUACGAGUAACAAUUAAUGGUAUCUCUAGCUUAUCUUUAAAUACAUUUCUUUGCUUGAACCUUACAUUAAGGCUAAAGAGCAUCUUGGUCAAAACAAAAUUCUUUCCAUGUGGUGGUGUCCCACCUGCAGUCCUACUGUCCCACCUCAGUGCCUGUAGGAGAAAGGCACAGCAGAAUGUACUCAGCUCCAUCAGCAGCUCUAAAAAAUGGCUUUAUUGCCUGGCACCAAGGUGCUUUCUUAACCAAUUUCCCAGAGCCUUUGGCGUCAGAAGAAUCCGUAUUUCCUAUAACUUACACAAAGAAUGUUUUAUUUGUAUCUAAUGUAAGGAUUCUGUAACAAACUGUGAAAAAAAAAAAAAAAAGAAGAUAAUGAAUUAAUAAAAAGUACAGGGCUGGCAAGGUCUAGAAUUCACAAAUUGUACACAUGCCUAUGUUUUUGAAGACAAAUCUAUGCAGUUGUGUUGUAUUGUAGAAGAUUUGGGUUUUAUGUACAUAUAUAUAUUGUAAAUAAAUAGGAUGCUGUAUAUUUUUGCAGUUGUUUAUCCUCUAUGAUAUAGAAGUGUUGAGAUAGGCUCUGCAUAUUAAGAAUAAUUUUAAUAGAAAUACAAAUACUUUAGCUUCUGACUUAGCAAAAUGUGUAUAUCCUUUCCUUUCUCCCAAGAAUUCACAAAUUAAAUCCUACACUUGAAAUUACAAUUACAUCACUAAUGUAACAAGAAAAAGAGAAAUAAAAGGUCCAAUGAAAUUCCUAGGAUUAAUUCCAGCACAUGACUCCCUGUUUUCUCAACAGCAACUUAGCCAGUCUUCCUGCUGGGUAAAAUAUCUCCCUUGGAAAGGGCCCCUUUGGUACCCAGGUACUUCUUACCUCCUCAGAUGAGGUCAGGUGGUGGUAAAGUGCUGAAAAGUUUUUAUGCAGAAACCAGAGCAAACUGCAGCCAGCAAUGUGACCCAGCAUUAUGCUGUGUUUUAUCCAGGCAUGUAUCUUCCCAAGUGGUACAAACAGAAGUUAGGGCAGGACUUCUGCAUUUCUAUUUUCAGCCACCACAAACGCCUGUAGUUCAGAAAAACGUACUACAAGUUAGGGGUGGGCAGCAAGCAGAGCUCUUUCGUGUCAUUUCUAGCCUGCUCUCUUCCUGCAGAGUCCUCUCUGCAGGCUGCUCCUCCUCGGCAGACCCAGGCACACUGCUAUCGUGCAACCAAAACACUAACGCCCGAGGCUUAUGAGAACAUCUCCAGCCAGUGACUGCUUGCGUGUGCCACCCUAUGAGCUGGCAGAGGCCAGUGUUUUGGUUGUGGUAUAGCUAUGUGUCCAGGGGUGAGGAUGAUGGCAGGGGAAGAUUGUUUAUGUAAUGAGAGUACCUCUGUCGAGAGCCUUGCAUAGAUUUUUCAGGAUUGCUGAUAAAUGGAAGUUGAGAAAUGCAUCUAAAAAUAAUUGGGUUUUUUUUUCCAUGGUUACUUUUUGGUCUUUGAUGAAAAUGAAACUUGAAAUCAUGUUUGCUUUCACCGUGAACACAAAUUUGGGGAAAAAAACUAUAUGCAGUCACUUCUACGGAGCUUUUCAAAUUGAUACAAGUGUAUGUUUUGUUUUCAGCGUUAUAGCCAAUAAGAGAUAAACUGUAAAAGUAUUUUUCAGCAAGACUUGAACUUUAGGUUGUUUAUAGAAACCUGGUUUUAGUGUCCCAAGGUAUGUUAAGGUUCACUCAGAUCCAGUAUAAACAAUACUGUGUGAAUGAUGUACGCUAGAUACAAGCUCUUCUAUAAUAGAUUGUUGAAGUGAGUCAUUUUGCUUCUGCUAACAUCACCAUACUUUGUGCUGCUCAUAUCCAAACAAAUGAUGCUUUUUUAAGUUUCUGUGUGUAAAUAAAAGAAAAUGUUAAGUUCUAUAAUCUCUCUGUUACCUCUAUAGUUUUUAAACAUUAAAAUCAUGAU